AUAAAACUCAAGGAUAACAGAUAGUGUAAGCGGGAUGAAACGCAAUGGGUUAUUCAGAGAAGAUCUUCUCCGUUUUUCUAUUUCUUAACCACCUCUUUACUACUGCCCAGCCCCAGCAAAGUACUGAACAGUAUCACUUAUGUUCAACAGAACAAGGUAACUUCACCGCUAACAGCAGCUACCAAAAAAAUCUUGAUCUUCUCUUCUCCAAUCCAGCCAAGUCACUAAACGGUUAUGGGUUCUACAACCUUACGGAGGGCCAAGAACCGGACCAAGUUUAUGGGAUUGCUCUUUGUAGAGGAGAUAUCGACCGUUAUGCUUGCCUUGGUUGUAUCACCUUUAGUGCCACUAAUCUCCGAAGAAACUGCUCCAACCAGAAGGAAGCAAUCAUAUGGGAUGACGUGUGCGUACUGCGCUACUCAAAUCGCUUUAUCUUUGGCUUCAAUGAAAGUAGUCCUGUUUUGUAUAUGUGGAAUAUGAAAAAUGUCACGAAUGUGGGUGCUUUCAAUAAUGCCCUCGGUACUCUGCUGCAUAACCUUAGCAACAAAGCGGCAUUGGGUGAUUCUCUUCUCAAAUUCGCAACGGGAACAGCACCGGCACCGGUUCCACCUACCGACACGAUUUACGCACUUGUGCAGUGCACUCCUGAUUUGUCCCAGCUUCAGUGCAACUCCUGCUUGUCUGAUGCUAUUAAAAAAAUUCCAGAAUGUUGUAAUGGAAAGCAAGGAGGCAGGGUAAUUAUGCCAAGCUGCAAUAUUAGGUUUGAGAUUGAUCUUUUCUACGGUAAAGCAACUGGUGAACCGCCUCCGCCAGAACAGCCAUCAUCUCCUCCGCCACCACUGCCAGAGCGGUCACCAUCUCCUCCGCCACCACUGACAGAAAUGCCACCAGCUCCUCUGCCGUCACCAGAGAAUCAUUUGCUCAUUGAAGGAAGUAAACCAAAAUGGAUUCCUAUUGUUGCAAGUUUGUCAGCGGUUCUUGGAUUAACUCUGGUCGGUUCUUUUUCUUUCAUCAUCUGGAGAAGGAUAAAUUCAAGAGAAGAUAAAGAAAACAGCCAAGAGGUUCAACUACUUGACUUGAGAGGAGGAAAUUUUGGGAAUGAAUACUCAAAUGAAGAUUUUCAGGGUGAUAGGGUAGGAGGAUCUCAAGAAUUUCCUUCGAUUCAUUUAGAUAUUAUUAAUGCAGCAACGAAACAUUUCUGUGAUGAAAAUAAACUUGGAGAAGGUGGAUUUGGCCCUGUAUACAAGGGUACAUUAGCAGAUGGUAAGGAAAUUGCAGUUAAGAGGCUCUCUAGAACUUCUGGUCAAGGAUUGCUUGAAUUCAAGAAUGAAGUUAUGUUAAUUGCCAGAUUGCAACACAGGAAUCUUGUAAGACUCUUGGGAUGUUGCCUAGAGGAUAAUGAAACAUUGUUGGUUUAUGAAUACAUGCCCAAUAGAAGUCUUGAUGUCUUCCUUUUUGAUUCAAGCAUGAGUGUAAAGUUGGAUUGGCAAAAACGAUAUAGCAUCAUCAAAGGAAUUGCCCGGGGCAUCAUGUAUUUGCAUGAGGACUCUCGACUUAGAAUUAUUCAUAGGGACCUUAAAGCAAGCAACAUUUUGUUGGAUAGUCAUAUGAACCCAAAAAUAUCUGAUUUUGGAAUGGCAAGGAUUUUUGGUGGAGAUCAAAGCGAAGCAAAUACAAAUAGAGUUGUUGGAACAUAUGGAUACAUGGCACCAGAGUAUGCUAUGGAAGGGCUCUUUUCUGUCAAAUCUGAUGUUUUCAGCUUUGGAGUGCUCUUGCUGGAGAUCAUUAGUGGGAAGAAGAACAAGGGAUUUCAUCUUUCAGAAUAUGGUGAAAGCCUACUUACUUUUGCAUGGAAACUGUGGGCUAAAGGACAGGGAAUGGAGAUGAUAGAACCAUUGCUACUGCAGUCUUGUGUUGCUUCUGAAGUGCUCAAAUGCAUUCAUAUUGGUCUAUUAUGCGUGCAGGAAGAUCCAGCAGAUAGACCUACCAUGUCAUCUGUGAUUGUCAUGUUGGUCGGUGAGACCAUAACACUCCCUAAGCCAACAGAACCUGCAUUUUCUGUUGGACGAGUUGUUGCAGAACCGGUUUUACCCUCUUUGGUCAACAUUGUUAAUUCUGUCAACGAGGUAACACUUUCCAACGUGUCCCCUCGGUGAUUGAUAUGUGCACUCUACAGUUCUUCUAUCUUGCAUUGUCUAAUAAAAGAUUCUAUGGACA